UAUUUUCAAACAAAACCGCCCACCACCAGUUUAGUUAGACAUCCAGUCCAGAUUGCAGAGAGAGAAAAUAGAAGAUCUAGAGAGAGAGACAGAGAGAGAGAGAGAGAGUGAGAAUGAGUGCAUCACGCAGCAGCCUCAAGCAUCAACAUCAGCCGCCGCAGACGGUGGAGCUACCACCCUUCCUCCACCACCACAACCACCAUCCCAGGUAUGUCCCUCUUCCCCACCAUCCACCUCCUCCUCCACCAAACCCCUCCGAUUUCUACCACCACCACCACCACCACCUCCCUCCUCCUCCUCCGCCACCACCACCACCACCACCACCACCUAUUCCACCCUCACCACACUCAUACCGCCCCCUACUUCCUCCCCCGCCUUACAAUCCCCUCCACUCCCAAUUCACUUACCCCAAACUCCGCCCUAUUGACGACGACCUUACAAUUUUCUCCCCCCGAUCUCCCCCUAGGGUUUUCGAUCGAUCCCCAUUCGUUCACGAUCGCCCCCGUCUUCGCAUCCCCGAAUUCGACAAUUCCUGGCCCGAUCCACCUAGGGUUCCUCCCGAAAAUCGCCUCCACCACCACCGGCCCUUUGACAGUCGAAUCCCUGUGUCGCCCUUUCCAACUUCUGAUACCCAUAGGAAUGAUCUACAACGUAGUUUUAGGUUUAGAGAGGAUUUCAUUGAUGGGUUUACUCCCAAUCGUACUGAAGAAUUUUCAUGGGCUCCAAACCAUAGUCCAAGCACUGAUCUUGAUAGGAAUUAUCGUCACAAUCGCAAUCAUCAUUAUGUAUCUAACUCUAGCGGAUCUUCUAGAAGUUUUGCAUUUGUUGAUUCUCAUGUUGUUUCUAACUCCAAUCCCUCCAUAGAUUUUGGGUCUAAUUUGGGAAAUUACGAGUCCCGUUAUGGUUCUUCGAUAUCAUCAGAUAGUGAUAGGUUUCUGAGUAAUAAGGAUGAAUAUAGGAGAUGGGAUCAUGCUAGGGAGUUGCCUGAUGCUCCAGUGUUGUCGGAAAACAAUGAAUUUGAUAAUAGUGAUGGUCUUCGAGUUGUUUCCUCCAGACGAGUGCCUCAUAUUUAUGAUUCUGGUAAAUAUAAUUAUAGGGGCAGUAGAGAAGGUAACCAAGAAUUUCUUCACAGUCCCAGGAAGAAAAUAAUACAGAAGAAGAGUGCUUUACUUAGGAUUCAAUAUGUUAAAUCUCAUAAUAGGAAUAGAAAUGAUGAACAGCGUUUUUCUUCAACUCGUUAUGAUGACUCAGACUCUAGUACCUUCAGAAGUAGAGGUCCUUUUGUUUAUUCCGAUAACAGGAUCGAGGAAGAUAGAGAGGGUAGCCCAGUGGAGCUUGAUGUUUCUUUUAAAUCUAAUGCUUUAGUAGCCAAGGCUAUUGUGGCCUCUUCAAGUCAUGGAGUUGAAUCUGAUAGGAAUUUCACACCAAGAAAUAGGAAGAUUAGGAAACUCAAAACACCAGAGAUAGACCUUUUAAAUUCACCACUAACCAAACUCAGUGAUGGUCCUGUGGAAUUGAACAGCCCCACGUAUGCUUUGGAUUGUCCAACUAUUUCUUACAGGGACUCAAAACAGUUGGGGGAGAAUGUUAUGGAUUCUGGUGGUGGAGCUGCGUGUGCUAUUGGUACACAACCUUGUUCCAGCGGAGCCAUUGAUACAUCUGGAAAUAGUACACUGAAAGAAUCGGUUUCAGAAAAAGGUGGUAAUUCUGUUGGCUCGGAUGAAACAUCUUCACUCAGGACUAGGAGGAAGAAGAAAGUCGUAAGCCCUCUUUCUCAUGUGUCAAGGUCACAGGCAACGGAGAAAAAUGUUGAGCCUGUCAAAGCAGAUAAAUCCGAAAGCAGUCUGCCCGCAGCCUCACAUCCUGGUGAGGAUGAUAUGCAUUCAGAAGAGAAAACUGUCUCUGCUGGCAUGGUUCUGGUACGCAAUGUUGAUUUGCAGUCUUCUCCAAAUGAAGUAACUGCAUUGCUUGAUCAUAAUAAAGUAGAUGAAUCUAAAGUUUCAGAGAAAGACGGAACUGACAUUAAUUCUGGUGGAUCACAUGUAUGUAAUACUAAGAGAAAGAGAAAUAGCUCUACCCAUCUUUUGGGCUCAUCAAGUCCUCUGAAAACAACCAAAGUUGAUGAGGGUACUGAACUUGCAGAUAGAUCAAUUGAUUUGCAUAUGAUUUUGAAUUCUGACAAGAGUCCUGUUGAAUUGCAGAAUGGAAGUACUUUUACUGGGAUUGAUCAGGUGGGUGACAUUAGCCAGCAAUCUUGUCGGAAUGAACCUCUUGCAUUGCUUCAGAAUGGUCUUGUAAAAGGAUAUUUAGAGGCUAAGUUGUCGGUAGGAGGCAAUGCUAAUACCAAUUUGUCAAGUCCAGAGGAAAUCAAAAUUCAUGAGGAUCACGUAAAUUUAUAUAACACUUUUUAUGAUGUCCAAAAUGCUUCAAGUUCUGGCAAUGAGCUUGUUAGAGGGAAACAUAAAAUUACUGUUUCUGACAUUGAUGCUGGUUCUAAGUUUAAUGAGGCUACUGGAUUGCCAGAAGGUGUUGCAGUAGAUGCUGGUUCUGAGGCUACUUUAUUGCCAGAAAGUGUUGAAGUAGAAGGAAUUCCAAGUCCCUUGGUUGAAGGUAAUGCUAUCGUGGGUUUGUCAAAAGCAGAGGGAACCAAUAACUGUGAAGGUGUAUUUGAUCCAUAUUGCUUCAAUCAUUAUGCAACUAGCACCUCGGGUUCUGACAAUUUUCCAAGUAAAUCUCAAUGGAAAAUUCCUGUUUCUGAGAUUUGUUCUCUUGAUGAUAGUAGCAAGGAGUCAUGUCCAGAAGGUACAACUGUAUUGCCUGAGAAUGCUCCCACAGAAGGACUUACAAAAGCCAGGAUGUCAGUGGGAGGCAACCUGCAUGUUGGUUUUGGUAAGGGGGGUACACCUAAUAAGAGGAAAGAUAUGGAUAUUCAGUUGGAUUUUUCAAGUCCAAGCACUAGUGACAUGCCUGUGAACAUGGUUAACAUUGUAUAUCCUAUAGAUACAAGCUUUAGUUGUUCUGACAAGGACCUUAAUUUUGCACAAGAGAAAGUUGUGGUUUCUGGUGCUGAUAACUUUGACGUUGGCUCACAACCUUGUACAGACAAGGAUAGCAUUGUGCAUGGUACUUCUCGCAAGUAUAUAAAGAAGAGGAAAGUAUGUGUGCCAGUUUCACCUUCUCCAGUGCUGCCUCAGACCCAGGAGGAGCCUGUGAGUGGUGGUACCUUUAUGUUCAAUGUGGAACUGCCUUCAAAUACAGAUGGGGAUUUGAUGCUAUCAGAAAAUAGAAUUGUGGAGUCUAACAUUGAUACUGUGCAUUCUGCUAGAUUUCCAGCUUGUUCAGAGUCUACGAGUGUGUUGAUUGGAAAUACAGAGGCACGACCCUCAUUUGAGGCUACAAGUUUUGUGGGAGAGGGAUUUACUGAUAAUGUUUCAAAACUUAAGCAGGAGUCUUGUUGCCCAUCAGGACUGGGAGUUGAGCAGAAAGAAAAAGAUGAUUUGGUUAUGAUCACAAUGAACCAUCAAAUUGACAUUCUUGAUAUGGAAAGAGGAGGCAGAGGGGAAAAAGAAGUUGUUGCUAAGGAUGUUGAGGAGCCUGGAAUGCUUCACAUAGACACUGUUCAGCAGAGAGAUCCUUCAGAAACUCAGGCUCCAGACACAGCUCAGAGGCAACCUGUUACUGAUAUGGAAUGGGAGAGUUAUCUGCUGGUGAAGGAUGGUUUACCUUCUGUCUCAAACACUCUGCCUUUAUAUGCAGAUGGCAAGGGCAUCUCUACUACCAACUUGCUGGAUGAAAUGGUGGAGUUUGCGCCUGAUAAACUAUCCAAUAUGGACUCUCCAGAAGCACAGUCUAUUGUCACAGGAUCACAGAUGUUCAAUGCAAAAAUAUCACUUGGUCAAAUACCAAAUGAAAAGAGUUGUGAGGAUGUUGGAGAACAAGAUGAGAAACAUGUGUUUGAAGGUCUUUCUUCGUCAUAUUCCUUAAACACAUCUUUGCAGACAAUUAACAAGAAGUCAGGUCAUGCAGUGGGUAAUGUUCAUUCAGUUAAUGCCAAGUUCCAAACCCAGGAAGCCAGAAAAACAACUCAUGGUUUGAAUUCUACGAGUGGGGCAAUUAACAUGAGAAACAACCAGCUGACUUCAGCAGUCCCUAGGGUUUUUCCAGGUUAUUCAUCUUCAAAGAAAACAGCCCCAUCAAGCCACAUAACAAAACCCCGAACCUGGCAUCGAACUGGCAAUCUCUCUGCUUCAUCUCAUCUGGCAAAGAAUUCCUAUCUGAACUCUGUUCCUCCACAAGGGCAGUCAUCUAGAAAAAUUGGAAAGGAUCAGAAUGCUUACAUUCGUAAAGGCAACAGUAUCGUAAGAAAACCUUCUUCAGUUGCUGCAGCUCCUAAAUUCUCCUAUGCUUUGAGUUCAUCCAUCUAUCGGUUGAAUCCUACAAAGAUAGAUGACAUGAAGAACAGGACGGGAGUUAAGAGCAGUGUCGACGCCAGAAACACACCUAGUAGCUUGCAAACAGGGCUGAAUGCUACUCUUGAAAGGCCCAAAACACCACCAUUACCCUGCAGCACCAAAUUAUCUCAUUGUACGACCUUCUCUUCAGGAAAUGGAGCACCUUCAUCAUUGGCAGAUCUUCCAUCUUAUGGUUGCACUAACACUGAGUCAGACCCUCUAAAGCUGAAAGAAAUUACAGAUGUGUCAAAGCCUUCUGAGGAUGCUCCAAAUUCUUCUGGAACUCAUGAAAAUCAAACUGGUCAAAUCAACAAUUUUGAAAGCCAGAGUGUACAAGAUGAUGGAAAUUCGGAAUCUAUGAAAGCAAGAAAGAUGGUAUAUGUGAAGAAAAAAUCAAAUCAGUUGGUUGCAGCUUCCAGUUCUAGUGAUUUAUCUGUUCUGAACGUUGACAAGACUGAAGCCCUACCCUCCGAUGGUUACUACAAAAGUAGAAAAAAUCAACUCAUCAGGAAAUCAUUGGAAAUCACUCAAAAUUUUGCCAUGCCCGAUGUUUCUUUAAACUCAGAGUGGAAAAAGGCUCCUCGGGUUAUUGCAAGCAGUUCUAGUAGGAGGAGAUCUGGUAAAGGUAGGCAAGACUUAGGACGGUUAACAUUUACAGGUUUGGCAAAGUCAUAUAAACCUUCAAAAUUCUCUCUGGUGUGGACACUACGUGAUGCACAGUCAUUGAAGAAAGAGAAUGCAUCACUACGCCAGAUGUUGCCGCACCUAUUUCCAUGGAAAAGAGCUACACACUGGAGAAGUUUAAUGCAUAGUUCAGCAUCUAUUUCCAAUAAUAGUUCCUUAUCUACAAUCAGUCGGGAAUUGCUGCUGUCGAGAAAAAGGGAGACUGUUUACACAAGGUCUACCCGGGGAUUUUCUCUUCGAAUAUCCAAGGUUUUGAGUGUUGGUGGGUCUAGUUUGAAGUGGUCAAAAUCCAUUGAAAAGAACUCAAAAAGAGCAAAUGAGGAAGCUACACUAGCUGUUGCUGCAGUAGCGAAGAAGAAGAGAGAACAGAAUGGUGCUGGUGCUGUUACUACUGCUGGGACAAAGAAUAGAAAUCAUUCUUCCCGUAAGUCAGUUCAUAGUAUAGAGCUGCGCCCAGGAGAGCGUAUAUUCCGUGUUGGUUCUUUUCGAUACAAAAUGGAUCCGACGAGGCGGACACUUCAGAGGCUUUCAGAUGAGGAAUUAUCAGACUCAGUCGCUCUUCAAUCUGGGAAGGAUUUAGAGAAAUCUUCUGUUCCAAAGAGAUUACUGAUUGGCAAUGAUGAGUAUGUUCGAAUUGGCAAUGGUAACCAACUGAUUCGAGAUCCGAAAAAACGAACAAGAAUUUUGGCAAGUGAGAAAGUUAGAUGGAGUUUGCAUACUGCCAGACUGCGGUUGGCUAGAAAGAGCAAGUACUGUCAGUUUUUCACAAGGUUUGGGAAAUGCAACAAGGAUGAUGGAAAAUGUCCUUAUAUUCAUGAUCCCUCUAAAAUUGCGGUUUGCACAAAAUUUUUAAAGGGUUCAUGUUCUGAUCCCAACUGCAAAUUGACCCAUAAGGUCAUUCCUGAAAGAAUGCAGGAUUGUUCUUAUUUUCUUCAAGGAUUAUGUACCAAUGAGAGUUGCCCUUAUAGACAUGUAAAUGUGAAGGCAAAUGCCUCUAUUUGUGAAGGUUUUCUGAGGGGCUAUUGUGCCGAUGGAAAUGAGUGUCGAAAGAAGCACAGUUACGUCUGCCCCAUUUUCGAAGCAACAGGAAUUUGUACUCAAGGUUCCAAAUGCAAGCUUCACCAUCCCAAAAACCGGAACAAGGGAAAGAAAAGGAAACCAUCUUCUGGAGAACAGAAAAAUGCUCGAGGUCGUUACUUUGGUUCCAGGAAUAGGAAUAUUGAUGUUUCUUCUGAGUACAGAACAGCAGUGUCAGAAAAGCACUCUACAGAGGAUGAUGACAACGUUUUCUAUCAAGAAGGAAGAUUUUCUGAUUAUAUCGAUCUAGGUUUAUGUGAUGAAGAGGUUGGAGAAAUUAAUGAUCCAUCUAGUGAUCAAACGACCAUGUUUGAAGGUGAGCUGACAGAUAUACUGUUAGAUGUUGAUGAGCUGAUUAAGCCCACUUAUGUAGUGAAUAGGAGAAUGAUGACAGAAUCAUUGAAGACUGCUGGCAAUGUUUCCGUGGAAUCUAGUAGUAGAUGAGGCGUUGGAGUACUAGGUAUAAUCUUCUUUUUUCUGCAGGUGCAGAUCAAUUUUGAUGUCUUAUUGAUAGUGUACGCUACUGUUGUAGGAAUGCUCAGAUGAUUUUAGGCGGGAAAAGAGUAGAAAGAAAGAAAAAAGGAAAAAAAAAAAAGAGAAGAGAAACAGUUUGUAUAGUUUGAAGAAAUUGAGCAAUGAAAAUUUGAUUUUCCCAUCAGUUGUAUUAUUUUAUUGUAGAGUAUGCUUUUCCAUACCAAUCCUUUGAUUCACCCGGAUGCGGCAACUAUCUAGGUUGAAAAGAAUUUAUCAUUAUAUAUUAUUGUUAUCGUUGUUGAAAUGAAGUUAUUGAACUAGAUCUGUUAAAAUAAA